CUCCUCACACCUGCCCUGCCUUCCUCUGACGCCAUGCAAACUCUGUAACCAGACACCUGACCUGCCAUCCCCGCAUUCUGCGUAAAAAGUCGAAGCCGUGCUGUCUUUUCAGCCCUUUUCCACACAUCGCCAGAGCUGGACGGUUCUUAGAUUCCAGAUUCUUUUCAGCCCCUAUUCUGCAUAUUACCAACCGACUUGGCGUCUUUCUAAGUUGUACUCGUCAAGUCCACCCCUGCGAGUUCUCCUGUUACGUCGUUCCUCUCUGUGUCUACCUACCCUCUUACGUGAACCAAGAGAACCUACAAUCAUCACGAUGGCGCCGGCAACGUCGAAGAAGCGGUCAGCCACGGCAUCAAACCCGGAACACGCAGCUGCCCCUUCCAGACCAUCUAACAGUGCCGCUGCUGCGACUCACACCAUCCCCGCAACCCAGAUGGCCUUUGGCAUGAGCCACAUUGUCAUCUAUCAAGAGCUCAUGACCAUGCGUCGUACUCUUGAUGAUGUCUCUCGUCGCCAGGAGAAAAGCGACGAGAAUGACAAGAACAGCGAGACAAGGCUGCAGGAACUGCAACCCAUGCCCAAGCGGCUAGAUGAUCUGGGAGCCGAACUGAAUAAUCACUACGCAGCAGCAGAGGAAAGGAUCCGUAAGCAGGAGCAAGAGCUUAGGGCUUUGGCAAAUAGGCUCUUCCAAAGCGAUGAGAAGAGGGCAGCCUUGGACCGCAAGGUUGAGCAACUCGUCGCUAAGCAGUCCUUGCAAGCGACGCAAGAAGACCCGGACAACUUUCGGGUCGUUGAUAGGAAGAGGCUUCGAGCUGUUGACGGCGAGGAACACAUCUCGGCACCAUCUGAGCCUCAACAGCAACUGAAAAAACCGCGCAUCAAGGUCAACAAACCCAAGCGUGCAGCCGACCCUCUGCCAGUGACAGGCCCCGGGUCCAGACCGGCGAAACCGAAGGCUUCCAAGCGCGUCCAAACGCGAUUCGAGACCUUUCAGAUAUACAAGCAAAGCAAGAUGGACGCGUACUUCCGAGCGCCUCACAGGAAGGGUAACGAAUUGAGGAAAUUCAUCAACGAUUUCAUUCAAGGCAUUGAAGACGACGGAAUUUCCUAUACUGUGCAGGAGAACCUCCUGCACAGAUUUUCCUCAGUUCGGAAACUGAAGACCCGCACUGGAUCACGAUUCAUUGCCAUAGGGACUGACCUCAGUUGGGAAGAUGUUUGUCAGAUCGUGGAUGACCCGAAGUUACGAGAGUAUUUAGGCUGAGAUGCAGGCUCAGGGCGCAAAAUAUUUGAUUUCGGGUGUAGCAUAUAUAUGGAAUGGUUGUAAGGUCUCGACCUUUAGGAAGUGACGCGUAAUAGGUUGAGAAGAUAGCAAUGGUGGUAGUUAAUAGGCAGCGUGGUAGCAUAGCUUGUAUCCAGAGUUACC